AUGGGCACCCGCAGAAAGUGGAAAUCUUUCAAUGUUUUAUAUAGUUUUGCUGACAAAGUCGACAUCCAGUUGAUGCUAGCUGGAUUAAUAUUGGCACUUGUUCAAGCUGUUCUGCCACCUUUUGUUUGGCUUGUUAUGGGCGAUUUUGUUUCUUUAUCCAUUUUUCGCGAGGAACUUAAAAUGAAUAAAACUCAAAGUUUUCAAAGAGCUUUAGAUUUUUUGCAAGUUAACAGCUCUAUUAGCAGUAAUAAUAGGCAAUCACUGAUAGAUCAACAAUUCGAGCGUUCUGCAACUCCUGUAUUUAUAACUAUGUUAUCCUUGUCAGUGGCGACAUUUAUCGCAGCAUUCUUUCAGAGAUUGGCAUGGGAAGUAUCAGGAAUACGACAAGUAUUCCGCAUAAAAAAAGCUUACAUACGGAAACUUCUUCAUAUGGAUGUCGCAUGGUUAGAAUCUCGACAUUCGGGACAAGUGGCAUCAAUGCUUCAUGACCAUGCUGACUCAAUAUAUCAAGGAAUUGCUGACCAUAUUCCUAUGGUUAUUUUCGUGUUUGCCUAUUUGUUUGUCACUUUAUCUGUUUGUUUUUAUAUCCAGUGGGAUGUAACAUUAGUGAUGUUCGCUGCUUUGCCACUGUUAAUAGCGACACGUUUGGUUUUUAGUAAGGUUUGUUCUUUUUUUCACAAUGCAAAUUGGAAUUGCUGUUAUUUGCAGUUAGCAUCUUAA